AUGUCACACGUAUCGUCCACUGCCAAGCGCUAUGCUGGCCCGUCCUACACCAGCCACUACAGCUCUUACAGCUCCCCCUUAACGCCGAGCCUUAGCUCCUACGGCGAGCGGAACAGGUUGUCCUCCUACAAGUCCCCUGCUUCUUCUACCUCUUCCUCAGGUUACGGCUCUUCCAGCUACCUGAGCAGCUCCACGGGCCGCAGCCGAAACUACAGCACCUCCCUGGACCCAGACCGGGGCCGGCUAAUCCCACGGACUGACAUCCUUGGAAGUAGCAGCAACCGCCGUAGUGAAAGCCUCAGUCGAACCCCUGUCAAGAGCUAUGCAGGUUCUGGACUUAGCGGGGGGUCUGCCUACACAACAUACAGUUCGUACUCUUCCCCCUCAGUGCAAUCCAGCUACCUCUCCUCUUCACCGGUGGCCUCCAGAAUGUCGCUCAAUCGUCGAAAAUCGGCAUCCCAGAGUGACUUAACCAGGGACUUGGCUGCUCUUGCCCUCAAUGACACCUCCUCCUCCAACCUCAGCCCGUCAUCCUCAUCUAGCGCCCCGAGGAGCAAUCGUACUCGGACCAGUGAGGUGACUAACACGUAUGGGACUAACUCAUCAGGCCUGCCACGGAGCUCGACCCAGGAUGCCCUAACAUGGAAUUCCACCAGGGAAGGCUUCAAUAGUAGCAGCAGUGGCAGAUCACAUACUUCAACGUGGGAGCCAACCACGAGUGGUGUGUCCAUGUCCCCUGCUCGGGAUACCACGAACUCAAAAAGUGCCCAGGGACUGGUGGGGCUGAAAAACCUAGGCAACACUUGUUUCAUGAAUAGUAUCCUGCAGUGUCUCAGUAACACACAGAGCCUGCGAGAUUACUGCCUGCACAACUCGCACCGAAGAGACCUUAACAACAACAGUCGCACCAACACAGCCCUCAUGGAAGAAUUUGCCAAGCUGAUACAAACCAUGUGGUCAUCAACCAGCAGCGAAGCUGUGAGUCCGUCAGAAUUCAAAACUCAGAUCCAGAGAUACGCACCUAGAUUUGUGGGAUACAACCAACAGGAUGCUCAAGAGUUCCUGCGCUUCCUCUUGGAUGGCCUGCACAAUGAGGUCAACAGAGUCACUGUCAGGCCAAGAGGCAGCGUCGAAGAUUUUGAUCACCUACCGGACGAGGAGAAAGGGAAGAAGAUGUGGAAUAAAUACCUCGAGAGGGAAGACAGCAAAAUUGUUGACGUGUUUGUUGGGCAGCUCAAGAGUUCUCUGACCUGCAGCCACUGUGGUUUCUGCUCAACUGUCUUUGACCCAUUCUGGGAUCUCUCGCUGCCUAUUGCCAAGAAGGGCUACGGUGAGGUGAGCCUCAUGGACUGCAUGCGGCUCUUCACCAAAGAAGAUGUUCUCGAUGGAGAUGAGAAGCCUACGUGCUACAAGUGCAAAGCAAGAAGAAGAUGCACCAAGAAGUUCACAAUACAGAAGUUCCCCAAGAUCUUAGUUCUGCACCUCAAACGCUUCUCGGAAGCAAGAAGAACCAGCAAACUGUCAACAUUCGUCAAUUUCCCUUUGAAGGAUCUAGACCUGCGAGAGUUUGCCUCCGAAAACAGCAUAAAUGCAGUGUACAACCUGUAUGCAGUGUCCAACCACGCAGGCACAACAAUGGGGGGUCAUUACAUUGCCUACUGUCGCAACCCAACAUCGGGAGAAUGGUACACCUUCAAUGACUCCAGAGUAACGCCAAUGUCCUCCAGCCAAGUACGAAGCAGUGACGGCUACGUCUUGUUCUACGAACUGGCUUCCUCGCGCAUGUGA